CCCCCAAGAUUGAUCGACAAGAUAAUAAGAAUCCUUCACCCACACCACAUAAAAUAAAAAGGAGAACAAAAAACAUUAAAUACUAUAUAUUAUUGUCAGCUUCGAAUUGAAGAAUUGAAGAUCGAAUCCAUGGCAGAAGAAUUUCAAGUUGGGGGUGGAAAUUGGUGGGAAUCAUCAUCAUCAUCAUCAUCAAGAUUAACUCAUCAGCGGUUUGAGAGCAGUAGUGGAUCGUCUUCAUCAUCAACGGCAGCAAUAACUUCAAACCAGAAUGAUGUUAGCAGCUUUAUUGGUUGCUGGCCGACACAACCUAAAUCUUCAUUGGAUUCCGUGUCGGCUGCUGGCGCCGGCGACGCUGCUCUUUUGUCUGAUCAAAGCUUCCACAUCAUGGGUUUAGCUCUUUCUCCCCAACCAACAAUACCCUGCUGGAAUAACAAUAAUCCUUCUUUCUUUAGCUCGAACGCGAACGCGAGUUUUCAGCAGGAUUGUUCCUCGUACGAUUACGACAAGCAAAUGAACCGGCUUUCGCUAGAUCAACCUCAACCAACCGCCAGCUCCUCCGACUUGGAUAGAACCGCUUCCGCGCUUCUGCAACCUCAUCAAUCCUCGCCAAUCAAUUUUUCUUAUGAUCAUAUUUCACAAAAUUAUGGGAUGAAACCAAGCGGCGCCGACAUCACGUCUCCCACGUGGUCCAAAUUUCCUCAGUUUCUCCGACCUAAGCACCCGCAGUUCUCCAACAACACAACCUUCUGGAACGCCGCCAUCAACGACGAUGCACACUUCAGCCUCUUCCCCGUCGAUGAAAAACCAAAGAAUAUAUCAGCAGAGGCGCGAGAUUCAAGUACGGUUGCGAAGAAAACGGCGGGCAGUACGGAAACGUCAAGCAAAAGGCCGCGCGAUCAGAAUGACACGGCGACACCCAUGCCAGCUUUUAAGGUACGGAAAGAGAAGAUGGGGGACAGAAUCACAGCACUACAACAAUUAAUUUCUCCUUUUGGAAAGACUGACACAGCUUCUGUGCUCUCCGAAGCCAUUGAAUACAUCAAGUUCCUCCAUGAUCAAGUCAAUGUCUUAAGCACACCAUACUUGAAGAGUGGAGCUUCCAUGCGGCAUCAACUGAAUUUCGAGAAAUCCAAGAAUCCAGAAACAGCAAGCGGGCAAGAUCUUAGGAGUCGUGGAUUGUGUUUGGUGCCGAUAUCUAGCACGACCUUCCCUCUCACACCAACGUUUGGUGGAUGUUUUAGAUAAGAGGGACGACAACAAGACACUACAAUUCUUGUUACAUGAGUUCUCCAUCCGACUUACUAUGAUUACUGAUCGUUACAUAAUUAUACUGUAAAUGCAACGUAUACUCUAUAUUAUAACGAUAAUUAGAUACCGAUAUGACGUCUAAAUAUCGUUAUAAUAAAGAGUACACGUACACAAAAUACGUGUUAAUUGUAACAUAUGAUUUGACUCGUGUAAUAAUUUUUUUAGUGACAAGUGAAGGUAGGGAUGAUGAUCGAGGAUGAUAAGAAAGGAAAAGGUGAUAGGGGCGGGGCACCGUACAAUCAGCAGUGCUGGUAGUACUAGUCCAUACAGGUCCAGAUGAUGAUGAGAAGGGGAAAGUAAAAAAGAAAGAAAGGGAAAGGAAAGGAAAGGAAAUGUGGCUUUAGAGGACAGGCUACAGGCAAAAUCAUACAACUUUGGCUAAUAUUAGGGACCAUGUAUAUAUAUCGUAGUUGCAAAUGUAGCCCUGUAUGUAAUAAUUCAAGAAUUAUAUGAUUAAAGCUGGUUUGUUAAGGAUAUAGAGCAAUUAAUUGAUUUCA